CAUAGAUGGAACGACACCUUGCUGAGACAAUGCGACACACCAGGUCAAAUGCACAAAUGAGAUGCCUCAAUGUCACCGGUGUCUCGUCUCCCAGCUGCCAUGCAGAUACCCGACCAACAAGAAAAGUCAAUCGACCAACAAGAAGAAUCAGUCGACCAACACACCCUUGUCACCUUGCCAGCCCGCUCAGGCACAGACGACGCGCACACAGACGCAAACAGAGUCACAGAAGACGCAGGCAUCGACACCGACACCUACUGGAACACAGGAACACAAAAAGACAGCUACAUCCACGGCAAGGACGAGCGCUCUGUUGGCUUCCUCGACCGAGGGUGGGAAUGAAAAGGGUUCUAUUGUAGACAAGAAUGCGCCGGAAAUACACUUGGGUCAUGACAUGAUGGACAUUUCGUUUGAGCCGGGGAACGAAAUCUUGGACGCGUCUUGGCUCCAGUUUCCUUGCACGACAACAGCCCCAGCCGACGUGGCCGACAGCAUGAACACAACGUUGGAGUCGUGGAUCCCGCCCAUCUCGAACGACAUGACCUGGUCGGCUCCUGGCCUACCCAAUGUGACUGCCGCGGAUAUGGCCCCGUCCACCCACGGCCCGCAGUACACGUGUGCCAUAGCGCAACGCUGCGACGCGCUCUCCAUCCAGGUCCUCGAGGCCAUCACGCACUGGCGCCUCCACGCGACACCUCUCGAGAAGAUGUCGGCCGUGAAACGGGUCCUGUCCCAACUCGACCGCCUCGCCACCUGCACCCGCUGCGCGCCCAUGUCCACCUCGAUGACCAUGUUCGUCCUGCUCGCCGAGAAGCUCGUGGAGCAGUUCGCCCAGCUCGUCAGCUUUCUCGAGUGCUCGACCACGGCCGACAACUGGGACGCGACCGCCGCCAACCUCGGCGAGUACUGCCUGGACACCGACGAGGAAUUCAAGGUCACGUGUCUAGCGCUGCUGCAGCUCAAUAUAGAACGAUUCGUUACCAUCCUGGAGCACCUCGGCAAGCGCGUCGAGAUGCAGAAAUGGGAUAACCACCUGAACACCAUCCAGCGCCUGAUGGAACAGGUAAAAGAUCUUAGGAAGCAUUUGCCAAAUGUAUCUUCGCCAGGGGAGUAGAUUUUCCUUCCAGAGGCGUGGCUUUCGGGGCGAUGGUCGAGAGGCUCGCGCUGAUCACGACAGCCACAAUCCUCAGCCACUCGUCCGAGCCGACGUUCUUCCAAGAAGAGCCUGUGUGUGCAUCUUUAAUAGUAAUAUAGCGGGACUAGUCACAGACCGUCCCUGGGGCUUGAGUCAUGAUGUGAACAUGACAUUUGGAGUUGUUGCGGG